AUGGGGGCGAAAAAUAGUGUUACUCUAAACUCGUGCCUAGGUACCUCUGUGAUGCAAGUGACAGCCACAGAUGCAGACGACAGUGUAAACACCUACAAUGGGGUCAUUACUUACUCCAUCCUGCAGCAGAUACCUGAACAACCCCACCGCGGGAUGUUCGCCAUCAACUCAGAGACUGGCGUCAUCAGUGUGCUUGGAACUGGGCUGGACAGAGAGACUGCCCCCCAGUACAGGCUGACAGUGCAGGCUGCAGAUCUGCAGGGAUAUGGGUUGACAGCCUCCGCCACUGCUGUCAUCGAGGUGCAGGUCAAAAACACGUCCGAGGCCCCUAGCAGCUCCCUGACCAUCCACGUGUUGAACACUCUGACCGGCCAGCCUGCAACAGGCCUGGCCACGCAUCUGUCCCAGCUCCAAGGCCCCGGGCUGCAAUGGAUGGAGCUGAUGAAGAGCUCUACCAACGUGGAUGGGCACUGCCCGCUCUUCCUGGCUCCUGGGCAGGUGAAGGCUGGCACGUACAAGCUGCACUUCGACACUGGGGCUUAUUGGCAGCAGCUGGGCUACACUAGCUUCUACCCCUAUGUGGAGGUUGUCUUCACGGUCACAGAACAAACCCGGAAGCUGCACAUCCCUCUGCUGAUCAGCCCCUUCUCCUAUACCACCUACAAGGGGCACUAGAGCACAGGGGAGAGCAGGUGGGCAUGGUGCAGGGACUAGCCCCCCGGCCGGCCUGGCCAUGGCUCCAGAGACGGGCCGGAGGAAGUGACGCGAGGGAGGGCUGCGCUAUUAAAGGGCUCUUUCAACAGCA